AUGUCACCGACGAACAGCCAAUCGUAAGGUGAAUGGCAGUGCCCUGAGGGCAAGUCGCCCAAAACACGUUUUUCAUUUAUUAGUCAUCAAAACUUGCAGAGCCAACUGAUGGCUACGUUUAUUCUUUGUAGAUAAAUAUUGAACGGCACGUGUUCUUAUAACGCCUGGCCCUGCCCAUUUAUUUGAUAUUGGCUCAACUUGUCACAAUAUUGGGCAAGUCGAGCGUCGAGGUGAGGCCAGAGGUUGGGCCACGCCGUUUGGGGGCAAUGGAGGGCUGUUUGCACGAUCACUGAUAGUUAAUUGUUACUUGGAUAAGGGCCGACAGGUGGGGAAUUAUUCGACCAGGUCGGUGGUUAUCUCGGGGUCGGCUCCUUUAUAGGGUUACUCUUGAGUCUGUUACAGGGUUUCUUCAACUUUACCCAAUUUUCAUAAUCUUGAUCUUUCGGUUAUCCUUUUUUAUACAAACCGACUUACCGAGUAGCCACAAAAUUAAGACUUUCUUCGCCCUCUCUUGUUGUUACCCCAGGGAAUAAUUGUUAAGUUGCUCAUAUUUUCCUUAAUAUUCAUUUAUGACAAUUGAAGCGGAAGUUGUUUCCCUGAGUUAUAAUUUAUUGGCACCUCAACGGAACUCCCCCUCAAACCAAAGACAUAAAAAUAGACCGUCGACGCUUCUACUUACGACCUUUUCUAAUCUGUCAACAUCCGAAAAAUGACAUCGCCGGUUUCUCGGGGAUACUGUCACAAGUUUGGGGAUGAAAAGGGCAUCAAGGGUGACUGUCUUCAACUCCAUUAUUCCGAUUUUCAAGUGCCUUUCUUUUAAACUUGGCCUUCUGGUACUUCAGAAUUUUUUAUUUGGGAAUUUCAGGGACUCAGUAAACGGUUUUGGAGACAUGGCAUUACUCAGACCUUCUAUUGUUGUGGCACUGACACUGGUCGUUGUAUACGGACUAGACUCUUUUGAGACAACGAAGCGAAGAUUGGGACGCCCCAUGAAUCCUUAUUCAUGGCAGAAUGGAGGCUACAAGAUCAAGAGAAGUCUGGAGAAUGAAUUGGAGACCGAAACGGGCGCAUUGCCUGAGGAAAAAAGAGCCCCAAUGCCCAGAAAUCCUUAUUCUUGGCUGGCCCGUUCACAAAAAGAGGUAAUUGGAAGGGAUACAGGAUUUUUUUUUGAAAGCAGAUGUUUUUUGUAUAGUCAGCUUGCAACUCAACAAAAGUUUAUUUUUUAACACGCUUCUUUGCGUGCUCGGAUCAAGCAAGCCAACAAAGUUUGUGAAGCCUGUUUUUGUGAGGAUCUGACGUUUUUAUUUAUACCUCCGCUCAAAUUGACAAGGAAACAAAAGUCAAGGAGCGAGCUAUACGAUAAAUCAGGCCGAAAAAAUAAAAGGUCAGGAGCCUGAGGGUUUAAUUAUCUCAUCUCAUGACGCUAAGAACACGUUCUUGCAGGGGCCAUACCAGCAGAAAAGAACUCGGGACGCUUACUUCUGGAACAACCAGGAUUUCCUCCUUGAUUCCCUUUUCCGCUCAGAAACCAAGAAGUCGCCGUAUGUGGGGUUCAAUGGCCGCAGGGCACGGAAUCCGUAUUCCUGGAUGAACUUUGUGUAA